AUGUGCUUUGAAGCACUUGAUCGGACGCUCAGGGAUCUUAUGUCAGUUACCAAUCAACAUAAGAUACAUCAACCAUUUGGUGGUAUAGUUGUUGUUCUAGGAGGUGAUUUCAGACAGAUACUUCCGGUGAUUCCGAAAAGGAGUAGACACGAUAUAUUGACAUCAGCUAUUAACUUAUCCCAUCUGUGGUCGUUUUGUAAGGUUCUGAAACUGCAUACGAACAUGAGACUUCUAAUGUCUUUUUCAAAUCAAGAUGAAGGUGAAAUGAAUAGAUUUGCUAAUUGGAUACUUGAUGUUGGAAAUGGAAAUAUUGGUUAUGUUGUUGGUGAUGAAUCAAAAAUUAAAAUUUCAUAUGAUCUAUUGAUUAUAACUACUGAUGACCCUCUCUCUUAUUUGGUAGACUUUGCAUAUCUAAAUUUAUUACAAAACAUGUCAGAUUAUAGGUAUUUUCAGAGUAGGACAAUUCUUGCACCCACGCUUGAGAGUGUCGAGAAGGUAAACGAUUUUGUGUUGACAAUCUUUUCAGGGAUGGAAAAGGAGUAUGAGUUAUGA